CCAUUGAAGUAGUACCGCGACACAAGACACACGUCGGUGGUGGCGGCCUUGAACAGGCGAGCCGGAAAAAUAUGGUGCACGAGGGCACGGGUCUGUGGCACGCGGCGGGAUCCAACGCAUCGAGGUGGCUGAUGAUCAUAAUACACGGAUACCGAGCCACUACUCUCGUCCUGUACAUCCUUCUCAACGUGCUGGUGCGCACCGAAUACCCCGCAGCGGCGGAAAUAGUCGACGCCAAUGUGAACUCGCUGGACGGCACAACAGGAAAGCCGUUAGACGUCGAUCUGCCGCCAACUCUGCCGAUGACCUUCGGCACGGAAAAUUCAACAUCGGUUUCGGCGCAAUCAGGCUCCUCGGCUCUGAUGCCUUGCGUCGUCCACAAUUUAGGAGAGGGCACGGUAUCGUGGAUCAAGCGGAAGAACGUGCAGGAGCUACUAACCGUAGGACUGACGACGUACGCGAACGACGAACGGUUCCAGGCAAUUCAUUUCCACCACAGCGAAGAUUGGACUCUUCAAAUAAAAUACGUCCAACCGAGGGACGCCGGAAUGUACGAGUGCCAAGUGUCCACUCACCCUCCCACCAGUAUAUUUUUGUUCCUUGAAGUGGUCGAAGCCAGGGCGGAGAUAGCCGGACCGGCGGAGAAAUUUGUGAGACCCGGCAGCACGCUGCAGCUUCACUGCAUGGUGAAAAAGUCCACGGAGGUGCCGUCGUACCUCUUCUGGUAUCACAACUUCCGGAUGAUCAAUUACGACGUCGAUCAGGGCGUCAACGUCAGCACCGAUCUCGCCGGCCGCGAGAGCUGGCUGGAGGUGCCGAAAGCGUCGGAUCGUCACUCGGGCAACUACACGUGCGAGGCCAGUAAUGCCCAGCCGGCCCGGGUCCUGGUGCACGUUUUCAAGGGUGACAAUCCGGCCGCGAUGCAGCACAGCAUGGCGUCCUCGCCGUCGGUGAUGGCCUGCACCGCUCUGCUCACCAUGUUCAUCACGCUCAAGCUCGCGCUGCAGACGAACUGGAGCUUGUGACGUGUGUGUGCGUAAGCAGCUCCUCUUGAGCGGCGAUUCCAGGCGCGUUAGCAAAAUUGUGUAAUAAAUGUCCCUUAUUGUGUGUGUGUAUGCAUGUGUGUGUGUGUAUGUAUGUCGCGUAAUCCUUGUCCGUUGUCGCGCGGAUUGUGCUGCGUAACGGGGUGGUUUCCCUGUGUGUUUUGCGCAUGUGUGCCAGUGUUUGAUUCGCCGUAGUUGUAUAAAACGACGAAGUAUAUGGCACCAUGGUAGUUCCAGUUUGAAGAGAAGAGAUCCAUCGUUGUUAUUGAAUCGGUGGCGUCGGUGGGCGCUCUUGGAGCGCGCUCAGCGAGAGUUUGACUGUGAUUGAUUACCAUCCAUUCGAACGAUUAACCUUAUUCGAUGCCGAAUGAUAUAACAUCGAAAGACCAUGUGUGAUUAUUUGCGCGUCAUCAAGCGACCAUUUAAUUCCAUUUCGCGCGUUUAAUUACAUAUUCCUCGAAUGGAGAAACGUGUGUAACUAUGCGCGGCAUGCUAAUGCGAAGAGCCGUUAUAUAAUGUCAUUGAUGCAAGAUUAGUAAUGAUGGAUCUCAUCGAGUGCGCGGGUCGUUUGUUUGCCCCGAUCGAGAAUUUGCCGAUCAGAAAACACAGCUCAUUUGUUCGCGUAUAAAUUUGUUGCUCGUUUGCAUUAAUAAUUUUGUCAUCUCGUCGAAAGACCUCGGCGUAGUAACCGUCACAGUGCUCGCAGUUUGAAAAUGAAGUUGCCCCGUCGCAAACUUUCAGACAAGUCUGCGCUAUACAUCAUCCGUUCUUCUCUUGCCGAUCGAUCGCUUAUAUUCCGCGUGUCGCUUGUUGGAACGAGAAAUAUCAGGUCGUAAUGCAGAGAAGCGGGAGAGACGGUAUCGUGAGAGUGCUGGAUUAACUCGCGGACGAGAAAUCUCGUAUUUACGAUCGUUCGUAUAUAUAGUCCACGCGACUCGCGCACUUCGGACGGGGGGGAAAAAAAAAAAAAUUGUUAUCGGUAAUACGAACGAAGACAUCGUCGGCAGGAUAAUGCGAGAAAAAAAGUUGAAAGCGUUCCGUAGAAAAAAAAAAAAAAAAAAGAUCUAUAUCCGUAAACUGGAACUUCUAUGAGUGAGCGAAAGCGUGUUCACGCGCGAAAACAAAAAUGCAAAACUUAUUAGGAAAAGAUUUGUUUGAUCCGCGCGCUCGCGCUCGAUCCGGACACUCCGCAACGUGAUACGACGUGCGCGUGCAAUUAAACGUUAAAUUGUGUGUAAAUCGGUAGAAAAAAUCGCGCGCGCGCGCGCGACAGAUACUUUUAUCGAGUGCUCGUUCUGUUUGUGACAUACACGUGAAAGUAAGAUUGAUAACGCGGAUCUCGAAACGAUCUGCGAUGCAUCAAAAAAACCCGGGAUGCGUGAGCGUCAGCGAUCGCUCCCGACAAGGUGCAUUAAAGUAAACGACGAUGAUGUAUAUUCGAGCGGCGCUACGCGCCGCUCUGCACCGACGACCUGAAAGAAGCAUAAUAUAUAUAUAUAUAUAAUAUAUCGCCGGGAAACACGUAUUAGCUCCAGAAGAAGUUACGUUAUAACAAACGUAUUUCCUCGCAGGUCCGCGGCCUAAGACAUCUUCUUCGGCGGGAUAUAUUAACGAAGAUUAACGAAGAAAAACCUGUGUGUGUGUUGUGCGAUAUUGUUUUUCUCCCCUCCCAGUACGAUGUUCGGAAGGAUGAUGAACGAUCAACCGCGGAGUGAAAGUAAUAGUGAAAAACAUAUAAACGUAAAAAAAAAAAAAAAAAAAAACCAAAAAAACUGAACCACACCCGCGUGUUCCGCGUGGAACGACACUCGCGCGCACUGUGCGCACGCAACAAGCGAACACUUGCAUUACAUUACGCACGAGAGAUGCGAAAGAAAACGAUCGUGCCAAGAUUCUUUUGUAAAUUAUUCAAAUGUGAAAGUCAGUCUAAGGCUUAAGUGUUGUAAUUGUUACGAUACGUUAAGUAACUUGCCGAUGGACGAAUGUGCAAUCCCGCGCGUCACUCAUUUCACACUUCCGAGUAAUUGACAAAAACAAACUUAGACUCUCGGUGUGUGCGUAUCCGCUCAAUUACUCGCGUUUCACCUCAAUAGUUGAGAAACGUAUAAGAACACACAUACACAUACACUCACAUGCAUACAAAAAAAAAAAAAAAAACAGACUUUGUCCAAUCAAAAAUCAAUCAACGUAAUAAACCGCACGCACUCGAACCGCUGACUCAUCGAUGUGAUAGGAGUCGCGCGAUGGCUGCAGCAUCUCUCGAUAAUGAAACGAUAAUUGUUUAAUCGGUCUACGGUGUGUGUGAGUGCCGCGCGAUGAAGGACGAUAUUUCCAGGCCGCUGCACCGUCACUUUGUCGGCAUAACUUCCGUAAUAUGUUGUUAUCCUCGAAUGCGACCUUGCGCGAAACUGCUAACCUUGCACGCACUCACUCACGCACGCACGUACGCACGCACGCACUCACGCACGCACGCACGCACGCAUUCCCGAUCGAAAGUGUAAGCGACCCUUCGCCUGCCAAUAAUCCUUCGCGCGCGAAUUACUGACACUGACAAAUUACCAAGUUCGGAAACUUGUUAAUCUUGAUUAUCGCCCUCGUCACGUUGCCGUCGUCGCGGCGAUGCGCGCGCGAUGAAAAAUAGUAGGAACGAGCCGGCCGGACGGGCACCACGGGCGAAGUUGCCAAGUGUACGUAUAUACCUCGUGUUUUCGAAAGUUCUCGUUCCAAAGCCGAACGGUAAACUGCAGACUGCCGGAAUCACCGAAUUUAAUGCACAGCCUCCGUCCGUAUAACUUGGGUAUAUAGCGCGAGUGAACUUGAGCCGGCUCUAUCGCGGAAGGGAAAGAAUUAAUUAACUAACUUUGGAAAACUUUUGCCCGGGUGGUGUUGCGCGGUUUCACUACCACCCGAAGUUUACUGUCGUGACUCUAAAGGACAGCAGUAAAUUCUGGAUUAUUAUUUUUUUUUUCUUUUAUGUCCUUCGCCGCCUCGCCUCGGAGCGGAGCUCUUUUGCGCUUGACACGGGAGUGAUCUAAGCACGCGCAGAUUUUUUAGCUUUUUUUUUUCUCGUUGAGACGAAAUUUUACGUCAUCGCGAAUACAUAGCCCGCGGAAUUGUUCAAGCGAAAUUACGUAUUAUUUGCGAAAAAUUCUUUUUUUUUUUUUUCACACACUCGUAAAUCGAUUACGAAACGGUUCGAAAUUGCAGAAAUCUCUCUCUGGGGAACAAUAAAAUAAAUUUUUCAGAGAGAGUCAUUUUUUGUUUUUUUUACGUCGAACACAGAGAGACGGCAACAUAGGGUGACGUCGGAGCGUGUGUGCGCGAUUUCUAACGGUUCUCGGAUACAUAUCUAUCGGUCGCGGGCUCGAGAGCGAAUUCCAACGCGAAUCCGAAUGUAAGCGUGACACACACGUGCGGAAUAAUCUUGCUCCGGUAUAUUCGGUCUACGUAGCCGGUGCACAUAAUUAAUCGCGAUAAUCCUGGCGUGAGAGAUGCAGCGCAGCCUAACGAUAUUAUCCUCCGUCGCUCCGCCGCUGACCUUGUUUAUAACGUCGAAAUUAGUUAUACCCAACGCUCGCGGGAGAUCGUGUUUCGGGCUGCAAGUUGCGGGGAACAUUUCCCUGCGGAUUUCGACGCAUCGUCGCGUAUGCAACGCGCUGCUUGAGUUUAACCUUGGAGGAGCUGUCGAGAAUACGAACGGAUAUAUAUUCGCGGCGCGAAAAGAAAGACGGAAAGAGAGAAAUAUGUGUUCGAUAUUUAAUUGAAUUUUCACCGCGGGGGAAAAAAAAAAGACAGUCGAGAGAGAAGGGAAAGAACAAAGGAACGAAACGUACUUUUUACGUGUAUACCGACGAGAUAUUUAUCCGACGCGCGUAUAUAUAACAUUAGUUUGCGCGACGCGACGCUUUGACGCUGCGAUUUCCGCCUCUCGUUGGUUUUUUCUUUCGCCAUCUGCGUGCUUUCGCGCAUUGUCUCGCGUAUUCCGGUGGUGGAAAUAUCCGACGGGAAAUAUGUCGUACUGGAUUUAUUCGCUGUCGAAGCGACAGGCUGACGCGAUCGUGUUCUCCGUUGUGUUCGGUUUUUUUUGAUGAUUGCUACUUUUUUGCGUUUCCCCGCGAAAAGCAAAAUUCGCGCGUAGUAGAUCGCUUCGAUCUACUACAGACUUGUUUCGCAAAAUAAAAGUGGCGGUGCCACAGCUACCGAUGUUCGCCCGCGAUGAUUGAUACUUUUUUUCUGGCGUUUUGCUGAGAAAUAAAAAAUAUAUACGUACACAUAUAUAUAUAUAUAUAUAGAUUUCGCGUUAUAUUCUCGCUUCGAUCCGAUGAAGAGCCAGUGUCCAGAUAAAAACAAAACAACAAACUCUCUCUCGCGUUUUGUGAAGAGUUUUGAAAAGUUACAAAAAGACACAUUUUUAUAUUCUUUCGGAAUAACUAUUUCAAUAAAAAAAAAAAAAA